GGUUAACCCCAAGCGAAACUUCUACGCAGUUUAGCCUAAUUUGGCUUCCUUGUUGGCUUGCUUUGGUCAAUGGUCUCUCUCUUCAUUACCCUAUAAAUCUUGAAAUAGAUCGAAUAUGAUUACUACUACUGUAUGUAUCGACGAUCUCAGUUAAUGUAUAUAUUCAGAUGAUCAUAUUCCUUUUCUCCCUUUCAAGGCCAUAACAGAUUCAGAGUCAACGCUUUCGAUCAAUCAACCUUCAAGUUCAAGUAAGCUAUAAAUAAGCAUGCAGUAGCUUCCAUAACUUCAAAGGCAGAUAGAUCUAGAUACUCUCUUUUUCUCUCCAGAAUGAGUAAGCGUAUCAGCGACGACGAUGAUGUGGGAAAGGAGAAGGAGGCAGCAGCAGACAAAAUUAGCAGCGGCCCUUCAUCGAACAGGGAACUGCCUUAUGUUGCUCACAAAGUUGGAGUGCCUCCCAAGCGAAGUAUCUUAAAGGAAUUCACUGCCGCCGUGAAGGAGACUUUUUUUGCCGAUCAACCGUUGCGAUCUUUCAAAGACCAAUCCAACACUAGGAAGUUUGUGCUCGGCAUCGAAGCCCUUUUUCCAAUUAUCAGAUGGUCUAGGGACUACAAUCUUACUAAACUCAGAGGUGACGUGAUUGCUGGACUUACUAUAGCAAGUCUUUGUAUUCCUCAGGAUAUUGGAUAUGCAAAGCUUGCUGGUCUGCCUGCGGAAAAUGGAUUAUACUCUAGUUUUGUACCACCUCUUAUUUAUGCGUUCAUGGGCAGCUCAAGGGAUAUUGCGAUUGGGCCGGUGGCUGUGGUGUCUCUGCUGCUUGGGACUAUGCUUCAGGACGAGGUUAACCCUAAAGAAGAUAACGGAUAUGAAUAUCGACGCCUUGCUUUCACUGCUACCUUCUUUGCAGGAGUUACACAGAUCACUUUAGGGUUUUUCAGAUUGGGUUUCUUGAUUGAUUUCCUCUCUCAUGCUGCCAUUAUUGGGUUUAUGGGUGGAGCUGCCAUUACAAUUGCCCUUCAACAACUUAAAGGAUUGCUUGGCAUCAAAGUAUUUACCAAGAAGAGUGACAUCGUUUCAGUCCUGCGUUCAGUCUUUUCCGCAGCACAUCAUGGGUGGAACUGGGAGACUAUACUUAUUGGAGUCUCAUUCUUGACCUUUCUUAUCAUCGCCAAGUACAUCGGAAAAGUAAAGAACAAGAAAUACUUUUGGGUGCCUGCAAUUGCACCUUUGAUCUCUGUCAUAGUUUCCACUUUUUUUGUGUUUAUUACCCGUGCAGAUAAGCAAGGUGUUGCAAUUGUGAAUCAUAUAAGAAAGGGUGUCAACCCACCUUCUGCUAAUGAAAUUUACUUCUCUGGAGAUCUUCUUGCUAAAGGCUUUAAGAUUGGUGUUGUGGCUGGCAUGAUAGCAUUGACAGAAGCUAUAGCAAUCGGAAGAACAUUUGCUGGUAUGAAGGACUAUCAGAUUGAUGGAAACAAAGAAAUGGUAGCAUUGGGAACAAUGAACAUUGUUGGCUCAAUGACAUCAUGCUACAUUGCUACCGGCUCCUUCUCUCGCUCUGCCGUAAACUACAUGUCUGGCUGCCACACUGCCGUCUCCAACAUUGUCAUGUCCUUCGUUGUCUUCCUCACCUUAAAAUUCAUCACGCCGCUGUUUAAGUACACUCCCAACGCCAUUCUUGCCUCCAUUAUUAUCUCCGCCGUCUUGGGAUUGAUCGACAUUAACGCAAUGAAAUUGAUAUGGAAGAUUGACAAACUGGAUUUUGUUGCAUGCAUGGGAGCAUUCUUUGGUGUCGUUUUCAUCUCCGUCGAGAUUGGUCUUUUAAUUGCAGUCUCCAUCUCCUUUGCUAAAAUUCUCUUACAAGUAACGAGGCCACGAACUGCUUUGCUGGGAAGGAUCCCUAGAACAAAGGUUUACAGAAACGUCCAGCAAUAUCCAGAAGCUAUUCAGAUUCCUGGUGUUCUCAUUGUUAGGGUUGACUCUGCAAUUUACUUCUCCAACUCCAACUAUGUCAAGGAGAGAAUUUUGAGAUGGGUGACGGAUGAAGAAGCACAGCUAAAGCAAAAGUGUCUACCCAAGAUCAACUACUUGGUUGUGGAAAUGUCACCUGUUAUUGAUAUUGACACUAGCGGGAUCCAUGCAUUGGAAGAACUAUAUAGGAGUCUUCAGAAGAGAGACAUUCAGCUUGCUUUAGCAAAUCCGGGCACACUGGUGAUUGACAAGAUUCAUGCAUCCGAGUUUCCCGAUCUAAUCGGGAAGGACAAGAUUUUUCUUUCAGUUGCAGAUGCCAUUCUUACACUUGCUUCGAACAACGAAAUUUGAUGUAUAUGUACAUUUGUGUAUGUGUGUUUCUUAAAUUUCAGUAGGAUGCAUCAUUUUCAAAGUCCUAUAUUUACAAAUAUCUUUUGUUUUUUUUUUUUUAUUUCUCUCCGACAUUAGGGUUUUCUUUACUUUUCUUCCUUUGUCAUCUCAAGUUCACGUUCCCUUCAAGAAAUGUAUAUCCAAUUGGUUUUUGUUAGAAAUAUUUCCUAUGGCUGUGUAAGUUGUGUA